AUGCAAAGAUGUUCUCUUGAGGCAUCCCAAAAAGUGAUGGUACAGUCUACUAUGUAUGUAACAUGUGUAUGAUCAGAUCAUUUUUUGGUUCAGCUUGAGCAAACACUAUCUAAUUGUUGCAAAGAAGAAAGAAUCAAGAGAGACCAUACACACUGAUCAUUUUGUUUGUGGAGCUAGAGCGUUCAAUUUACACAAAUCGGCAACGCGCAAAGUCUAUUCACUAAAACCUCGUAAAAGCCCAAACGCUUGGAGAAGGUUCGGGAGAGAGAUAGAGUUGCUUUCUCUCCGCACAAGGGAAAUGGCGAGCACGGAUUCGAAUCACGGGUAACCUCCUCCUCCUCCGAGUAUCGAAAUGAAAGCCCCGCAGGAUCCAUUCUUCGAGACAAAAGAGCAUUCCACAAAUGCUUCGGACUGUUUGGGUUGGUGAUGGAUUAAAAGGUUUUUUGUUCUUUUGUUCUUUAAUGGAUUGAAGAGUCUCAUCCCAACUUAGGAGGGCACUGGGUACAUUUUUUAGCAGGAGCUAUUGGUGAUACAGUUGGUUCUUUCGUUUAUGGUCCUUGUGAAGUAAUAAAGCAGAGGAUGCAAAUUCAAGGCACUAGUAGCUCCUGGAGCUCUUUUAUUUCAAGGAAAAGCGUUCCAGUUAAACCAAGAGGUGACAUGCACUGGAAUGUUCCAAGCUGGAUGCUCAAUAUGGAAAGAGCAAGGGCCAAAGGGACUGUAUGCUGGAUACUGGUCUACACUAGCAAGGGAUGUACCUUUUGCUGGCCUUAUGGUUUUUAUGAAGCACUAAAGGAUCUAACAGAUGAAGGGAAGAAAAAGUUUCCACAAUUUGGAGUUAACAGUUCAGUCGAGGGGCUCGUAUUGGGAGGAUUAGCUGGUGGACUAGGCGCGUAUCUCACAACUCCACUGGAUGUUGUAAAAACAAGAUUGCCAGUGCAAGGAACAACGAUCAAGUACAAGGGGUGGUUGGAUGCAGUGGGUCAGAUACGGAGGAAGGAAGGUCGAGAGGGUUUUUUCAGGGGAAGCGUCCCAAGGGUCAUGUUGUAUCUUCCAGCCUCGGCACUUACAUUCAUGGCCGUUGAGUUCCUUAGAGAGAGCUUCAGAGAGAAAGGUAAAAAUAACAAUGUUGUCUCCAACUUGAGCAUAAGAUUAGAGAGUAAAAGAUCUUCAGUACAUGAGGUUAGGGAGAACUAGUGACAUGAUUCUUGUGAGAUACUGUUAACUACAAUCUGAUCACUCCUUAAUAAAAGGUUAUCUUUACUUUCCCUUUUUAUAUCAUUUUAUCCUAAAGAGAAAAAUAAAAUUAAAAAUAUUAACUUAAUUAGGCUUAUUAUAAAUACACGUUUCGGA